CUCAAUUCUAAUCAACUACAUAAACUCAUAAUAAAAUGAAUCCUAUGUUUUACUCCCUUCUUGCCUUAACCGCUGUUUUGGCUGCCACCGCAAAUGCCGGUGGACCGCCAGUUCUCGACAUUUACGGUGAUGCCAUAUUCGGCGGCAGUUACUACGUUCUCCCCGCCAUCUCCGGCCCUGCAGGUGGCGGUCUGACUCUCGUCACCCUUGCUGACAAGCAGUGUCCUCUCUAUAUCGGGCAGGAAACUUCAGAGGUGGAGAGGGGCAUUCCGGUAAAAUUCUCAAACUGGAGGUCUAUAGUUGGGUUCGUUCCUGAAUCAACGGACCUCAACAUCGAGAUGGAUGUUGCUACGAUCUGCGUCCAGCCAACCUACUGGUCGGUUGUUCCGUCAAACUUGCCCAUUUUCAGUUUUUACGUAGAGGCUGGUCCUAAGCCGAAACUUGGAGAAGAUUCGUGGAAGAGUUUCUUCCAGAUCAAAAAAUCUGGAGAAUUUCAUAACGGCUACUAUAUUGAGUUUUGUCCUAACGGUGGUGGUUGCGUUAGUGUCGGGAUAUCCACGGACGAGUAUGGCGUUCGGCGUUUGACCUUAUUAGGCUCUACGCCAUUCCCUUUUGUGUUCAUGAAAGCAAGUGAGACAGAGACUUCGCCCAAAACUAUGUCUAUUAUCUAA